AAAGAUACUGUAAGGAGACAAAAAGCAAAAUCGAUGUCGACUGUCCCCAAAUAGUCAAGGAGUAUAAUAAACAUAUGGGGGGAGUCGACUUAGCCGACAUGCUUAUAUCUCUCUAUAAAACACCAUUUAAAAGUAGGCGUUGGUACAUAGGUAUUUUUGUUCAAAUACUUGACAUAUGCAUAAAUAAUGCCUGGCUUUUAUAUAGGCGGGAUCAAGCUCAAUCAAGCAAGCAAUAUAUACCUCUAAAAGAUUUUAGGUACGAAAUAUACGAAGGCCUGAAAAAAUUUGGUCGUGCUGAUAAAAAUGACAAAGCCAGAAAAGAUGUGCCAUCAGCUAACCCAGUGGAAUCGUUACGAUACGAUGCCAUUGGUCAUUUUAUGAUAAUGACCACUCAAGGCAGGUGCAAGCUAUGUCAGAAGCUUACCACUGUAUUGUGCAUGAAAUGCAAAGUGCGGCUAUGUUUCGUAACAGGGAAGAAUCCCAGAAACUGUCAAUUAGAUUACCAUGUAAAGGCGUAAAUUAGUCAUUUCAGUUCAAUAAACGUUUAUACUAUUAUUAUCUUUUGUAUUUUUUUUGCUAUUCCUGCUCCUGGAUAAACUCCCGUCGAAAUUUCAUAAGUUUUAGGACUGGACACACAGGAUUAGUCACUGCACUUGGCAAUGUAUAUCCCAGCAUACACGACUUUGAUCCCUUGGUUUUCUAUUCACUUGGCAAUGUAUGCUGUGUCAUACAUGAGUUUUCAGGAAAACUGAAACGUAAAGAUAUUUUUUCGUAUUUUUUUGUAAUGCCUUAAAACGUCUUAGACCCGAUUUCAAUAAAAAAAAUCGGUUUAUGUAAAAAAAAAAAUUCUGCCAAAUUAAGGGUUAAAAAUGUUCGUUAGUGGAACUAAUAUUAAAUGAUGCCGAGCCCCUUCCUGAUGAAGUUGAAAAAGUGAGAACAGAUCUUUUUGGCGAACUGGUGUCAAGAUUUUCGUCAUUAGAAAAUAGCCGGACAUACACAGUAUGCAUGUUUCUCGACCCUAGAUAUAAGCUUUACUUCGAAAACGAGGCAACGGCAGAUAAUACAAAAAAACAUGUGAUAGGAUUAGUGACCAACCUCAUAAGAGAAGCUGAAGCUACUACUGGAAAAGACAAUCAAAUUGAUCAACCAACAAAUGAAGGAAAUUACGAAAGAGGUGAACAUUUGGAAGCAUUACCACAAAAAAAUGCAAAACAUUCGGCCGGCUGGCACUGCUUACUCCAGGGCUGUUGUAGAAGUACAGCGGUAUUUGGAUGACAAAGUCGUCAACAUCAAUGAGUCUCCAUGGCAGUGGUGGGCAUUAAACAAAAAUUCAUAUCCCCACUUAGCAAUAUUGGCUCGGCUUAAACAAAAUGCACUAGCUACCUGUGUGCCCUGCGAGCGACUUUUUUCUGUAGCAGGAAAUAUUCUGUCCGAGCGAAGAACACGUUUAGGUGUUAGAAAAGUACAACAGAUGCUGUUUAUAAAAGAAAAGAAAAAAAUAAUUUAGAUAAAAAGAAUAAAAAAUAAUGUAAAAAGUGUAAAAAAAAGAUAAAAAAAAAAACAAAAAGAAAUUAAAAAAAACUUAUUGAUGUAAAUAUUUAGUACCUAGGUAUAAUAGUACAGUAAAUUUGAUUUUGUAAAUAAAAUCAAUUAUUGAAACCUUCUAAAUACGCCAGCUUUUCUGACAAAAAUUGUUGCUACGUACCUAUUUGAAGUAUUUGAUACGUACAAAUUAUUAUUCUAUUAAUACCAUAUUAUGUUAUUAAAUAAGCUGACAGUCCUAAGCCUGUAUAAAGUUUUCAAUAAGAUUUACUUAAUUUAAAAUAUUUUAAAAUGAAGAAUAGCUAUGAAUACCCCUAGGUACACAUAGUCUGAUUAAGUCUGAUAGACGUUUAUAAUCCAUAAAACGAAAAUACUCCAUUACUUGCGAAGACUCGCUAGUUACGAAACGUUCAUAAACUUGAGACGCCUAAAUACUCGUGGACCUAGUUUUUGGAAUAAGUAUUUAGACGGACGCGUACUUCUAAGACUCAGUACGCAUUUUACCUAGUAUAUCUCACCUCUAGAUAGAACCCCAAAUUACGGAAUAUAAACGAUGGAACACUGACCCAUAACAUCAAAGAGCCAAGGGGCCAACAUGUGAGGCUUUCUCUGAUUUUAGAAACAUGAGUUUUAUUGCAUGAUUUUAAGAUGCUUUCUGCUUGCUUUUAUGUAAAGACAAUUUGCGCCGCGGUCCACAUACACGCGGUGGACGCAAUGCGGGUAGGGUGCGUAUUAGGGUGGGUCAAAAAUUAUUUUUUUCGUUUUUUAAAAAGGCUCAGCGAUAAAAAGGUGCUAAAUGGUUUACUUAAUUCAUAUGUAAAAUUAUAUUUCAUUAUUUUAAUUUUAACUGCCUCCGGCUUCUAAAAUAAAUUUUUGAAAAAGCUUAAAUUUGACUGUGUUUCCGACACUUUUUUCGAGUUAUCGAUGUCCAGUUUCGUACUAUACGUAUAGAUUUUGAUGACUACAAAUAAAGGAAGACGUUUGCUUGGCUUAAUUCAAGGUCACGAGUAAGGAGGCCCGCGAACGUACGCGAAAUAGUUGGAAGUGUCCCUUGUUUGGUGAUCUAUGUGAUAUAAAAGACAACAUUUUGCCAAGCUAUGAAGAUGUGAUGAAGUUUUAUGAGUGGACCAGACACAAGUUAAAACAUGAGAGGGAAACUAAAAAAGAGCCAACGUAUAAAGAAAUCGAAGCCAUUGUAGUUCCAAAAUUGAUAGAAAUAUGGGUGAGAUCUUCUAUUCCUGCUGUAGAACCAAAACGUGUGAAGAUAAUGUUACAAACAUAUCAUUUAAAGUGCAAAAACUUACUUAAAUCUCACCCAAAAAUACCCGAAAACAAGAUGAAGGAAUUUCGUCUUGGAAGUAAAGUGCUAUUUGAUAUUGCGGCUUGCAAGUGUAGAGAUUUACUUCAAUGUGCUUGUCCUAAAAACAAAAAAAUACCUAUUAAGCCGGGUACACAUUGGUGCAAUGUAACAUGUAAUGCAACAUGCAAUGCAAGAAUUUGACGUCCACAUUGCUGCAAUGCAAUUAUCAUGUAAAGUAACAGAAUUCCCAUAGUGUAGACGCCUUGCGCGCACGAACCGCGUCUACUACGCGCACGAACAGAUUGUUGCAACUCUUGCGCGUAGCGACCCGAAAUUUGUCGGUUUUUUCCCCGAACACAAAGAGGCGCGCAGUAUGCGCGGAGCGUCAGUGUGGACAGGUUGUGUGGUGUGUACCAGGGAUGUUGCGAACAUUCGCAUCUGCAUCCGCAAAUGCGGAACAUCCGCAUUGUUUUGGACAUCUGCAUCUGCAGCCGCAUCCGCAUUAAUCAAUGCGAAUGUUCAUGCGGAUGCGAAUAUUAUACAAGUAGCGACAAGAAAGAAACUGGGCGGGGCCGGUGAUUGACGCGUGCCGGUCGCACGUGACAAUAACCAAUGGGAGCGAAGAAAUUAGUGACAAGAUUCGACACGUUUGUAUGUUUUCGCUAGUGCAUCAUUUGUUUGUUCCUUGCAAGUGCAAGUGAAUAAAUACGUGUUUGUUUGCGUUGUGAAGUGAAAGUGAACUACUUAUCGUAUCAUAAAGAUAAAUAGGUAUUAUUAAUGUUAUUGUGAUACAGUGUGUAAAUAAGAAGAUUUUACAAGAAAACUUUAUAUUAUUUAAGACUAAUAUCCAUAAGAUCACAGGGUAACUUCUAUUAUAUUACGCCGGUAAUACGUUUUAUUGUAGGAAAAAAUAUCGUUUUAUGACGAAAUUCGUUAUUUUUCCAGUGUGAUUCCCGUUAUUGAUAGUUUAUCUAACUAUUUAGUCAACAAUGUCACCACCGAUCAAAAGUAAUGUAUGGGAUUAUUUUGAACCAAAUAAAGAAGACCAGGAUAAAGCUGAUUGUAAAAUAUGCAAAAAAAGCUACCUUCGCAAGGGCCGCACCACGUCGUCUUUAAAAAACCAUCUUAAGUCGAUGCACUCAGAAGAAUUUUCUACAUUUGAGAACUUUAGUAAAGAAAAAAAAUUACAACAGAUGAAAUCUGACGCAAAUAAAGUUACCACUCCUCUGCAAGAAUCAAAGAAACAACUUUCAUUAGAGGAAGUGGUUCUAAAAGAAAAGAAGUGGGACGUCAAUAACUUGAAUUCUAAAAAAAUUUAUAAACUCAUUGGAGAAAUGAUUGCACUUCAAAAUUUACCGUUUAAUUUUGUUGAAGGGCUAGGUUUUCGUAGACUGAUGCAAGAAUUAGCACCAAGAUAUAACUUUAGGGGACGCAAUUUUUUUACAGAUUUUGUAUGCAAGGAAUUAUAUAGCAAAGUGGCUCAAAAAGUUAAAGGAUUAAUCGAAAAUUUUGAUAACAUGUCGUUUACGUCUGACAUUUGGUCGGAUCCUAGCUCAAACGCUUCUUUGCUUAGCCUGACUUGCCAUGGAAUUGCAGAAAACUUUGAUAGAUCAUCGAUAAUAUUGAAAUGUGAGACAUUUGACGGCCGUCACACUGGUGACUUAGUUGCUGAAAAAUUCAGUAACAUGCUUUCUGAAUGGAACAUUAAAAAACAACAACUGCAUUGCCCAAUCAGAGAUGAAGGUUCUAAUAUGAAACGAGCCGCGCGAUUAGCAGCAUUAAAUGAUAUAGACUGUACUGUUCACAAGAUACAACUGGCUAUCCGUAGUUGUUUAGGUUCUCAAGAAAACAUAAAAAUACUAAAACAAAAAUGUAAGAGAAUUUCGACCCAUUUCAAUCACUCUACCAUUGCCCAGAAACAACUGCAAUCAAUUCAGGAUAGACUGAAUCAACCGCACCUGAAAGUGUUUCAAGAUUGUGUAACACGAUUGAACAGUACAUUCUACAUGUUCGAGCGUUUUUCAAAGAUAAAGGAUGCUCUGUGCCUUUACAUGAAUGAUAAUGAAAUUGACCCUGUUCUACCAGAAGAAUGUUUCAUUCAAUUACUGGGAACUUUUGAGGAAGCAACACGGGAACUGAGCAGCUCUUCUGCUCUUAUUUCAUCUGUGAUACCGAUAAUACAAAUGCUUGAAAAAAAAGUUGAUGACUAUUUAACAAGAUCGCAAGAGUUUGAUCCGAUUCGUCAGGCUGUAACGACUUUGAAAAACGAACUUUCUACAAAGUUUUCUAGCUUGGGAGAAAACAAUUUAUAUACCAUCGCUACCUACUUAGAUCCUCGCUAUAAGCACAAUUUUUUCACACCGGUGACUGAAGAAAAGAUUAAAGAUGACAUUAUAAAAAUGAUAAAUAUUGAGAAUGACAAUUUUGAAUCAGUUAAUACCAAUGCCAAAAGGGCUAAAAUAACUGAUUGCAUGGAAAAUGAAACAGAACAACUAGGACCAGGGACUUCAGGUUUCAACAAAAAGCCAUGCUUAAAAAACGACCUGGCUAUGAUGUUAGAUUCGUCGAGUGAAGACGAAAGUCAAGAUGAGCCAGAAAAUAGUAGCGUUGAAGUUGUAUUAAAAAAAGAGUUACUUGCUUACCGUACUAAAAAAGAAAAAAAAAGAAUAAAUGUGAGUGAAAAUCCUUUAAACUGGUGGAGUGUACAUCGAGGGGAAUUCAAGGUAUUAUCGCCGAUAGUACGAAGAUUUUUAUCUGCUCCAACGGGCAGUGUUCCUAGCGAACAACUAUUUAGUAGCGCGGGAUUAAUUUACGAACCUCUGCGUAACAGACUAGAACCAGAAAAGGCGGCAAUACUACUCUUCAUCAAGUAUAAUGCUCCUAUUUUUAAAUUCAACUAUUGAUAUAAAAAAACAGAAGGUGUUCAGUUACAUUAUACAUGACUUAUAUUUUUAACAUAAAAAUAAGUACUUAAUUAUGUUUGAUUACAAUAAAAAUGUUAAUAAUUA